GCGCAAAGUUUACCCUCCUCAUGAUUUCCACUACAGUUAUUGUAGUGUAGCAAUUACAAAUUAAACUACUUCAUCAUAAUUAGCUUGUGCCAUGCCUAUGGGGUUUCUCCUGUAUCUAUAAUAACGCAAAACAAGCAGCAGCGCAGAGCGUUAACUUGCUAACGUUACCUAAGUUAAAGAUAGCUUGACUUACGUUAGCUACGCUAGCUACUCUACUAGCUAACGUUUUACUUCUAGCAGCAUAUAACUCGGGUUGAGAAAAGAUGAAGAAGGUUUUCUAAAGUUAACCUUGAUGCGAGGAGACUUUUUAUCCGAACACCCAAUGUCCCACUCAUCAUUGCUGGCGUCGCUCUCAUCUCCAGCUGGAUAGGCGUAAUCCAUGAAGCUGCCCAUGUUUCUGUUAGCAAUUAGCUAACGUAACAUCACAGCUUGGGACAGACACUGGCGGCGAAAGCGUUUCAAGGUGAGCCGCCUCACUGCAGCCUGUGGGUGGGCGGAGGUUGACAUCCAGCCACACCCAUCAGACUCUUCCGACUUCGGUGUGUCUGAAGCAUAACGUUAGGUUGGAAGGUGGACAACAACGUGGACGGUAACUUACUACAAAGAUGUGUUGGAUUCUUAUUGUCAUCCAAGUAUGCUGAAACAGUUUGAGGCUUUCUAUUACAAAGUGCUGUUUGUCCCAGAGCAAGAGGGAACUGGUAUGACAGGGAGCAGUGGGCAGCCGCUCCAGAUGUUUAUCAGUGAAGAACCUAACAUGAUGGUGGGGGAAACCCACGCAGACACGGAGAGAACAUGCAAACUCCACGUAGAAAGUCUGGGACGACCAAGGUUUGAACCCGCGACCUUCUUGCUGUGAGGCCACAGUGCUAUCCACUGGAUCACCGUGCCGCCCCAAAAUUACUUCCAUGGAGCCGGAUUUGGACCGGUGACCUAAGGAUGUCUUAUGUUUAUUCUCUACAGUCCUCCACUCUACCAACUGAGCUAUCAAAGGGGCAAUCUCAUGACUGUGUAACUACAGCACAGUCUCUAUAGCCUGGCUGCCUUGCUGCUUCACAAUCAAACAGCUGAUAGUGAUGGGGAACCAAAAUGACCUUAAUAUAUUUGUCUUCCAACAGGUUUACCCAGCCUGUGUCUCACUCUUGAAGUAACUACAGCAGAAGCGCUGACAGGUGAAAUACUCGGGAACUAAAGUAUUACAGCAUCUUCCCAUUUUAUCUCUGUUCCCUUAUGGAAUGUCUGGAGGAUUUCAUCCUCCCACUCCUGAAACUGUGUGUAGCCUGAAACUGAUUUUUAAAAAAGUUCUUUUAGAUGUCCCAGAACUGAUUCUUCUGUUUUAUGAAUAAUAGUGAAGCAUCCAAGUGAAAUAAGCUCAGCAUUCAGAAGUAGUUCAGUAGACCAGCAACUGGGAUAAUUGACUUUCAUGUAGACUUGAUGGUAGACCAUUUCAUGUUUCACUUUACAAAUAUGUUAACUUUAUAAACUUGUGAAAGUGUUUAGGAAACUUUUUUUAGAUGAGACAAAUUUAACAUAUUGCAUAUUUUAUACACUUGGAGCUUUACAUACAUUUUUACUUUAGGGUAUUAAAAUCAAAGACAACCAUACAAAGAGCUGGUUAAAGAAAAUGGGUGUCUCCUGCAUUAAAGUUAAGUGGAAGAAAAUUAUUCCAGAUUGACCUUUGCACUCCCAUUGUUCCUUGCGUUGCUGAUGCUGUGUAUGGAUCAAUAUCUGUGUGCUGAAGUGGCCUCACCUUUUCAACGUGUCGCCACAAUACGCAACCUGAGGCUCUUCGGCGUGGAAAUGACGUGUCUACGCAAGAUCUAGCGAGCCCAUAAAGGAUGGACUGUCCUCUCACUGUCAUACUUAGGGAGAGGGCAGAAAGAGCGAGUUGGACCACAGAAGACCAGAGAAACUGACUGAGCAUAGAGAUACUAUUCUCAACUUUGGCGAAGAAGACUAAACAGUUAGCGGGGGUACACAGUGGAGGAUAAGACAGGAGAGCACCCACUCUGUGGGAAAGGAGACACUCAGGGGACACACAAAUGUAAGCGACGCGCACGGAAACGACUCAGGUGAAGAGAGAAACCAAACUGGCGGCGCACUUAGGAUGCAGAAGUCACCAGUGGAAGAUGCAAACUUCUUCUCCAAAUAUUUCUUCUGUUGGAUGUCACCACUGUUGAGGAAGGGCUUCAGAAAGAAGUUGGAGUUGACAGAUGUGUACAAGGCUCCUUCCUUUGAUCUCGCAGACAACCUCUCUGAGAGACUCGAAAGAGAAUGGGACCGAGAGGUGGUGUCAGCCAAGAACAAGCCCAGGCUGAUGAGAGCGCUGGCCCGCUGCUUCCUCGGCCCCUUCGCCUUCUUUGGUGUCCUCCUAUACCUCGGAGAGGCUUCCAAGACCGUGCAGCCUCAGCUGCUGGGUCGCAUCAUCGGCUCCUUUGACCCUGUCCAUGUAGAGGAGCGGGACCAGGGAUACUUCCUGGCCCUGGGCCUAUGCCUCCUCUUCAUAGCCCGCUUCCUCUUGCUGCAACCUGCCAUCUUUGGCCUGCAUCAUCUGGGCAUGCAGAUCCGCAUUGCCCUUUUCAGUCUUAUAUACAAGAAGACCCUAAAGCUGUCCAGUCGAGUUUUGGAUAAGAUCAGCACUGGUCAGCUGGUCAGUCUGAUGUCCGCCCACCUCAACAAGCUGGAUGAGAGCUUGGGUCUGGCCCACUUUGUAUGGAUCACCCCCCUGCAGUGUAUACUGUGUGUGGGUCUGAUCUGGGAGCUGAUCGAGGUGAACAGCUUGUGCGCACUGGCAGCUCUGACUCUGCUGGGCCUCAUCCAGGCCUGGCUGUCCCAGAAGAUGGGACCUCACCGGGUGAAGCGAGGAGGGAUGAUCAGUCGUCGCUUGGCUCUCACCACAGAGAUUGUGGAGAACAUCCACUCUGUGAAAGCAUACGGUUGGGAGGAGGUGAUGGAGACCAUCAUCAAGAACAUCAGGCAGGACGAGAUGACGCUGACGAGGAAGAUCGGUUCUCUGCGUUACUUCUACAGCGCCUCGUAUUUCUUUUCCGCCAUCUUGGUCAUCGUGGCUGCCAUCUUGCCGCAUGCACUCACUAAAGGCAUCAUCCUGCGUCGUAUCUUCACCACAGCCUCCUACUGCAUGGUGCUAAGAAUGACCCUAACCCGCCAGCUGCCAGGAUCCAUCCAGAUGUGGUACGACACGCUGGCACUGGUCAAAAAGAUCGAGGAAUUCUUGAUGAAGGAAGAAUACAGAGUGCUGGAGUACAACCUGACCACCACGGAACUGGAGCUGGUUAACGUGUCUGCAUCCUGGGACGAGGGCAUUGGUGAGCUGUUUGAGAAGAUCAAACAGGAGAACAAAGCAAAUGGACACCUGAACGGUGACGCCGGCCUCUUUUUCACUAACCUCUACGUCACACCUGUUCUCAAAAACAUCAGCCUGUACCUAGAGAAGGGCAAGAUGCUGGCUGUGGCUGGAUCCACUGGCUCAGGGAAGAGCUCCCUGCUCAUGAUGAUCUUGGGAGAGUUGGUGCCAUCGGAGGGCAAAAUAAGACACAGUGGUCGCAUCUCCUUCUCACCGCAGACUGCCUGGAUCAUGCCGGGGACGAUUCGAGACAACAUCCUGUUUGGCCUGACCUAUGACGAGUACCGCUACACCUCUGUCAUCAAGGCCUGCCAGCUGGAGGAGGACUUUGCCUUGCUGCCUGAGAAAGACAAGACGCCCCUCAUUGAAGGAGGGGUGACACUCAGCGGUGGUCAAAGGGCUCGCCUCGGCCUGGCAAGGGCUGUGUAUAAAGAUGCAGACCUCUACCUGCUGGAUGCACCUUUCACCCACCUGGACAUUGUGACGGAGAAAGAGAUCUUUGAGAAAUGUGUCUGUAAACUUAUGGCCUCCAAGACACGUAUUGUGGUCACCAGCAAGUUGGAGCAUCUCAAACGAGCAGACAAAAUCCUUCUGCUGCACAAUGGAGAUUGCUACUUCUACGGCACCUUCUCAGCGCUGCAGGCCCAGCGCCCUGACUUCAGCUCCCUCCUCCUCGGCAUGGAAGCUUACGACAACAUCAAUGCAGAGAGGCGCAGCUCCAUCCUCACAGAAACUCUCCGCAGGGUCUCCAUAGAUGAAACCGCUGGCUUCCGAGGCCCAGAGCCAAUUCGCCAGUCGUUCCGCCAGCCACCGCCUCCGGUAAUAGUCUCUGGAUCCCAAGGCCAUGUUGGAGGUGAUGGCUACCCAGAAAAACGCAAACAGUCCCUCAUCCUCAGUCCCCUGGCAGCUGCUCGCAAGUUCUCCUUCAUCGGGAACUCCCAACAAACUGCAAAUACACCUCAGUCCAUGACGAUAGAGGACGGGGUUCGUGAACUUUCUGAGAGGAAAUUCUCUGUAGUACCUGAGGAUGAUCAAGUAGAGGAGGUGCUUCCGAGGGGGAACUUGUACCACCAUGGGUUGCAGCACCUCAAUGGGCAGCGGCGGCAGUCUGUCCUGGCUUUCAUCACCAACUCUCAGGGCCACGAGCGCAGAGAGCAGAUGCAGUCCUCCUUCAGAAAAAAGCUGUCCAUCACGCCUCAGUGUGACCUGGCAUCUGAGCUGGACAUUUACGCCCGCCGCUUGUCAAAGGACAGCAUUUAUGACAUUAGUGAGGACGUGGAUGCAGAAGACAUGGAGAAAUGCUUCGUUGAUGAACGCGAGAACAUCUUUGAAACUACCUCAUGGAGCACUUACCUACGUUACAUCACCACCAACAAGAGCUUAGUCUACGUCCUUAUUUUUAUUGUUUUUGUCUUCAUCCUUGAGGUUGCCGGUUCAGUCAUUGGUAUUUUCCUCAUCACUAAAACGAUCUGGAAGGACAGCACCAGCCCUUCAACACCCAACUACAUUGAUGGGCAGCACUCCAACACCUCGUCGCCCCCCGUCUUCCUGGCGAUCAUCGUCACACCUACCAGCGCCUACUACAUCAUCUACAUCUAUGUUGCCACAUCGGAGAGCGUGCUCGCCUUAGGAUUCUUCAGGGGUCUCCCAUUAGUGCACACAUUACUCACGGUGUCCAAAAGACUGCAUGAACAGAUGCUUAGCGCUGUAAUACGAGCCCCCAUGGCUGUGCUCAACACUAUGAAGACAGGCCGGAUCAUGAACAGAUUCACCAAGGACAUGGCUACUAUAGAUGACAUGCUGCCUCUGGUGCUGUUUGACCUCAUACAGCUGACAUUGAUUGUUACGGGUGCCAUAUUCACUGUGUCCAUCAUGCGGCCUUACAUCUUCAUCGCUGCAAUCCCAUUAGCUGUCAUCUUUGUUGUCCUCAGAAAGUACUUCUUACGGACUGGACAGCAACUCAAGCUACUGGAGGCUGAAGCUCGAAGCCCCAUCUUCUCACACCUCAUAAUCUCGCUGAAGGGUUUAUGGACAAUUCGGGCGUUUGGGCGUCAGACGUACUUUGAGAUGCUCUUCCACAAGGCGCUGAACACUCACACAGCCACCUGGUUCCACUACCUGGCCACACUGCGAUGGUUCCUCUUCCGCUGCGACAUGAUCUUCGUCCUGUUCUUCACUGCCGCUGCCUUCAUAGCCGUGGGAACCAACCAGGACAAACCAGGGGAGGUUGGCAUCAUCGUGGCCCUAGCCAUGCUCAUCCUGGGGACUUUUCAAUGGGCUAUCAUCACCAGCAUCACUGUAGACGGACUGAUGCGUUCAGUGGAUCGGGUGUUCAAAUUCAUCGACCUGCCAUCAGAGGAGCCGCUGCCUGGGAAAUCCAGAGGUAAAGGAGGCCCAGAUCUCAUCAUUGACAACCCUCAUGCCCAAGAAUGCUGGCCCAGUCACGGCCACAUGGAUGUCAAGGGCCUCACUGUCAAAUACACGGAGGCUGGACGCGCAGUGCUCAGCGACAUCUCCUUCUCUGUGGAGGGUGGGCAGAGCAUGGGUCUGCUGGGUCGAACAGGUUCAGGGAAGAGCACCCUGCUCUCCGCUCUGCUGCGUCUCGCCUCCACUGACGGAGAUAUCUCCAUUGACGGCGUCUCCUGGAGCUCUGUCUCCCUGCACACAUGGAGGAAGGCCUUUGGAGUGGUGCCGCAGAGAGUCUUUAUUCUGACCGGCACGUUCCGGAUGAACCUGGACCCACAUGGACGUCACAGCGAUGAGGAGCUGUGGAGGGUAGCAGAGGAGGUCGGUUUGAAGUCAGUGAUCGAGCAGUUUCCAGACAAGCUGGACUUUCAGCUGGAGGACGGAGGCAACGUGUUGAGCAACGGACACAAACAGCUGCUGUGUCUCGCCCGCUCCAUCCUCAGCAAGGCCCGCAUCCUGCUGCUGGACGAACCCUCCUCCUACCUCGACCCCAUAACAUUACAGGUCCUGAGAAAGACGCUGAAGCAGGCGUUCUCUGGCUGCACAGUCAUCCUAUCAGAACACAGAGUGGAGCCGCUGCUGGAGUGUCAAUCAUUCCUGAUGAUCGAGGGCAGCUCCAUGAAAAGCUACGACUCCAUCCAGAAGCUGCUGAAUGAGACGAGUCACCUUAAACAGGCCAUGAGCCCCGCGGACCGGCUCCGUCUCUUCCCGACCCUUCACCGCCUCAACUCUAGCAAGAGGGCGGCACCGCAGACCGCCAAGAUCUCAUCCCUGCCAGAGGAAGCUGAGGACGAAGUCCACGACACUCGCCUCUAACUGGCCAGGCACACCAACACACACACCAGUAACUCUAAGCAACGAUUGAACCAGUGAUACUGAUAAUUUGGGGUGGCCAAAUUACCCCUGAAACAGCAUCUAGAUCACUAUGGGAUACUAAAACUCUCCACCGGUGCUCAGACAAAUACUUUUAUUCAAUAGACAAAAAUUAAAUGUGUAAAGAAAAUAUAAAUCCAGCUCAGGUUUUCCAUCAUUUUGACAUAAAACAAAAUUUAACUAUUUAUACUUUAUAAAAAUACACUUUUGACCAAUAUAUUGAUUUAACCCCCAAACACAUACAGUAUAUUGUACACAUGCAAAUUAGCAUAUGGAGACACAAGUACAGAUGACACACAGCAAACACAUACAUUAAAAAGAGCAAAGAGCAUCUGGCUUCACACACAGCAUCCACUUUACUGUCCGAUAACGAGGCUCAUGUAUGGAGCUCAUUCACUGACAGACAUUUACACUAAUAUACAAGUGGUAGAGGGUGUUUUGCACAUGUGUAAUAAAAUGUUCUAUAUCUGAAUGUUUGUAUGCUAACAGCCCUGCAUAUAUAUAUUGAAUGAACAUGAGUCAGGUGUGUACAGUGCAGAAUGCGGAGGCUGAGGUUACAGAAAUAGAACUUUAAUAUUACAAGUGUGCGAAACUUAAGAGCAACUCUGCAUGUUGACCUACACAGUACAACAUAGCUGCAAGUUUAGAAAAGAUAUUAGUAAAAACAUUUGUAUGUGGCAAAAACUCUGCAGUUUGUCAAAUUAAAGCUUUUGUUGUAAAUUAGAAAAAUAAUAAUAAACCACAGUGUGUAUGUGCUGCAGGAUCUUGCUUCCAGAAGCAUGGAAGAUAAAAUCCUCCACGUGAAAGGGACCCUGGGAGCAGAGCAAGAUGUCUAAAACUAAUGUGCCACUGACAAAUUAAGCACAUGACAACAUGCCCCAAAAUCUAAUUGGACGCCUUGUUUGUUGAACCAUUUCAAGUGCCUUUGCAGGUCGGGUGUUUUUGGGUCCCAACAAAGGAUUCCUACAAUUCAGUUCCAAACCAUUGUAUUUGCCUUGAAAAAGCAUGACUUGUGUUGUUUAUUUGCAAUAUUGUUUAAAAAAACAUUUCCAUUGGUUUGAACUAAGGGAUUAUUUCACUUCACUGAAGACUUCAGUCUCUUUAGAUUGUUGACUGAACACAAAAUAGCAGCCACUGUAGAAGUCUGACUUAUUUAUGCAUCUUACAUGACGGUGUGAUCAGAUUUGGACCUUUUCUUAUCUGUACAAUUACAAAGUGUAGCUAUGAGCAUGACAAGCAAACAGACCAAAAGAACUCAUCAUAGCCAUAGCAAGAACUUUACGGUUAAUCAUUUUAGCCUUUACCCAUGCUAAAAAACAAUCCAAAGCAGGAGUGGCAAUAGAGAUUGCUCAAGGCACCCUGUACAACCAUCAACCUUCCAGUUUCAUUGAAUAAGAAUUGAAUUUCUGAUUUCAGCCAGCCAAGUGAAGACAGCCUGUCUGUCACGUUGCAACUAGGGAUGCAUUGAUCCGAUAUGGAUAUCGGAUAUCUGCACUUUACUGACUCAAAUUGUGUGUGUACUAUGCAAUGCGUUACACAUAAAAUAAUGAUUCCUGUCUCCUCCUCACAGUGAGGAAUACUGCUUAAUAAUAUUGCACCGGUAGAAGCCCAGGUACUGGUAUCUGAAUCGGGACUGAAUAAGUUGCAUCGGUGCAUCCCUAGUUGCAACAUAGGCUCGAGUCAUUGUCGAUUAAACAGAUUCAGUAGUGCUAACUGUACUUCCUGCUGGCGAGUGUUCUCAGAAACACUGUCCAAUUUGAAUGAAAUAUCACACGACUUUGAAACAUAAAAUAAGUAUUUAUUGGAUAAGGACAAAAAUGUAAUUGUGAGUUUCGCUACAUAGUGAAACUGCUGCUACCAAGUUGCCCGCAAACUGACACAAAGACAUAAAUCAAUCACCAUAUUGGUAUACAAAUCGACCAAAACAUUUUUAUGCAAAAAUCAGCUCUUCGGGGAAUUAAGGCUGCAGCAGCAGCAGUUCUGCAGCUAAGAGUAUGACUUCUACAGUGGCUUUAUGUGGAUUGUGCUAAAAUAUCUUGUGAUUAUUUGGUUUGAUUAUGUUUGGUUAGUCAGUCUGACCCUGCACUAACUUCACUACCGUCAACACACAUAAACAGGAAUAGUGACGCUGUUGGCUGACACUAGUAACGAGUGAUGACUCAGAUACCCUUAUCUGAAUGCACUUUAGAGACACCCUGAGGUACUCAUCAGCUUUCACAGUCAAAAGACUAAAUGCUGUACAGUUUCCAUUCCUCCAUUAAAUUAAGUAUAAAUGUAGAAUUGUGACCUUUUGAUAAAAAAGAAUGCUUUUUACAUACACUUUUCAGCCUCUGUUACUCAAUGAAUUAUAGAGGCCAGUAAUUCAUCAAACUAAUAUACAUUCUAUUCCAAAUUAAAUAUAUUUUUCCAGGGCCGCUGCUGUACUGUACAAACGCAAAGCAAACAUUUAGCAUUUCUUUGAUUUCAAGCUCUAUCUGUACUCGAAACUGGAAACCAUUUUGACUCUUCCAACAUCACUUUUAUUUUCUUCGGUUGAGUGAAGAGCGUGUUGCUCCUUUCAUACUGAAUAAUAGUUUUGUAAAUCAGUGAUGCAGAAAAUUAAGGUACCAUGUGUUAAUGCCUUGAUGUGUUAACUGUGACGAUUUUUUUUUUUUACAGAGUAUAUUAAGAACUCAUAGGAAAGUGUAA